GGGAAUAGAUCAUUAUUGUCUAUGGAAUAUCUCCGACGAUGACAUGAGCACACUCGAGUGUUCUUAGUCGAAAAUUUACUUAUUUUGCGAUUAACGCAAGUAAGUAAUGUUUUAUUUCAUGUACACUGCUCUCCUUUUAGUACCCUUAGUGAAGCCUACUUUCAGUACUGGAGUCUUUCACAGUCCUGGUAUGUUUUUCAACGCCCUCCAUAGGGAGAAAAGAUAUGUCACGUACCCUACUGGAACAGCUAUUGGGUUGUACGUGGCUAUUGCGCUUCCUGUCGAUGUACCUGAAGAAAAUUUGUAUUUUUCGUUAAAUUUCGAAGCAAAUUACAAUUUACCGGAUAAUAUCACCCAAUAUUAUAAUUCCGAUAUUGCCAGAGUAUUUCAUAGUAUUACCAGAAGGUCUACUUAUGAUUUGGUGCAAGAUCACCUGACGAGACAAGGAUAUGAUGGCAAAGAAUGUCUACUUCUAAUGAUCUGCGAAAUAUCCAAACACGAGAUCGCCAAUCGAAAUUUAAUCGAUGACAUAAUUCACGUAAUAAUGCGACCUUCAAGCACAAGAAAUGAAAGCUUACCUGAAAAUUAUUAUCGAGCUGAAAAAUUAGGAUUCGAUGGAUACAACUGUUUCGAAGAAUAUCCAAAAUGCGAUUCUAAUAUUUUAGAUUUCAUCAGUUUGUUGCAGUAGAAUCGAUGCAGCGUAUUAAGUAAGCCCAUACGUAUUUAUUUAUCUGCGUUACUAUGGUUUCUCCACGUUCAAUUUCUGUAUUUUCAAAAUUACACUUGAUGAGGAUAAGAUUGUAAAACAUUAUACGAUGAUUAUUUA